GCUACAUUCAAUUGCAAUUCAACAAAAAUAGAUCGUCACGGUGAUUUACAGGUGUAAAAGAGUAUUUAUUCAAAUUUUUAAAACAGUUGAUAUUAUUAUUCACGAAUUGUCCAUUUAAAAAAAUGAGUAUAAUUGAGUUAGCAACAAUACCUAAAGAAUUAUCUUCGAUUCAAAGCUUUAUUCAAAGAUUCAAUGAGCUAAACAGGUAUAAUCCUGUCAUUGCUUACUGGUGCUUGUAUUGGGGAACUCAGGUGGGCUUAUCGAGCUCUACUGGAUUAACAAAUGCUUGUCGGGACUUUUUAUUGCGUUUAGUUGAACGUUUAGAAGAGUUACGGAAAGAGUUGGGUGAAAACGAAAACGUUAACGAUGAAGAAAGCGCAAAGGCUUAUGUAAACUCAUUUGCCAUGGAGGUGUUGCUACAAGCGGAAGAAAAGAGUAAGCUCAGUAUGCCGGAUGUCCUGGCAUAUUUAGCAGCUAAAGACUUUUUUGAAAUCUUAAAGGUUUGGGGACCUUUGGACGAACAGGCACAAAAAUACAUCAAGUUUUGUAAGCUACGCGCAGUAGGGAUUUCGAAGACAAAGUCUUCUACGCAAAAAGAGCCCACAAAUUUGGAGAAGGAUGAAGAAAUUCUAAAGAGAGAUGAAGGAAAACAAAUGGAAUCCUCCUCGACCUUUCUCCCCAAGCCCACGCCAGCACGACAGACUUCUGGACGACUUGCUAAACAUGAAACGGAUGUAUCACCAGGAAAAGAAACAGGGGUGAAACCCUCUAGCUCCCAUCUGGAUGAGACUUCAGGUUUAUCCUCAACAAUGACGGGUCGUCCUCCUUCUAUUGCUCCUUUGGAACAAGAAGCUUUACAGAACGACUCUGCCAACUCGAAGGACGCUAUUGAAUCUUUUGACCUUCCUCGCCUGCAAAAUUCGUUGUCAAAAUUAACACCGACAAGAUUCGAUGAGGACGUAAUCCCUAGUGAACCAACAACAAGACGCAGCUUUCAUGGUCAUGAAGAACAACGCACAAAAGUAUCACCUCCUGUCGAUACCGAACUCCAAAAGAAAAUGUCGGAUAUACAAAAGGAAUCCGCAGAUACAGAUCAUUCGGAGGUUUUCGAUGAAGCGACAACAGCUGUCUCAGGCUCACCUGUUUUCCCCAUAAGUCAAAUGACUCCUCGAUCCUCAAUGGCUUCCUCCACUCUUCCGGGGACUGCCUCUGGAACUCCCGCGGCUCGUUUCGGUUUUAGCGGGUUUGAUCAUCUUGACCGCGUCGAGGCGGCACGAGGUCAUGCGCGAUAUGCUUACAGUGCGUUGGACUACGACGACACGGCAACGGCGAUUUUCCACUUAAAAAGUGCGCUAGGAUUACUCGAACAAUAAGUGCGGGUGUGAGACACGCGACUCAAAUAUCUGGCCCAUUUCCUUCCCCAAUGGGGGAGUGUUGAGUUUAAACUUUAAUUUUUUUUUUUCGGAUACAUCCGAGAUUUUUUCAAUUCUAUAUUUGCUUUCCAUGAAGAUGAGCGCAUAAUUAUGAAGUCCAUAGCAUUGUCUCCACUUUUUGUAAACAAUCGCUGCUAUGAACGAAUGGGAUCCUUUCGAGUUUCAGAGAAUUAAAGUGUGCGGGUCCCGCAAAUUAUGUCAGCCUUUUCACUGUUUAGCUCCGCAAGGAAACUUAGAGCUUAUUUUCUGGUCUCGCCGCCUCUUUUUAUUGACUUUUGAACAUGACGUUAUAAGAGUCUACGAUUCACGAAUGUUUAAGAUUUUAUUUCGGGCCUAUCUGGUUUAAUUUGUUGAACUUUAGUCCUUUUCAAAAGAGGGAUUCUUGUGUCAUCACACAGUCUUCCACUAUAUUUG